AUGUCGACCCCAGCGCCGUUCACCGCGGCGCACAGGAGCUAUGUCAAAUCACUCUACCGGCGAUAUCUCAAUAAUGAGUUAAAUUGGACUGUUCGGCGUGACCUUUGGAGAGCGAAGGCGAUGGGGAUUCGGGCUGAAUUCGAAAGCAAUCGGGAUGUGCACGACCCGAGAGCACUGGCGGAUAUCCUUGUGAAGGCAGAAGCAGAUCUUGCUACUCGAGCGCAUCCCGACCCUUACCGGCCUCCCGAGGCCCCAGAUGGGUCAAAAUGGGAACGCAACCUCCCGCCUCCGCUGGGCCCGCUCUUCGAUCACGAGAAGUUCAACGAGGAGCACGGUCGUGAGCCCGACACGAAGUCCAUCGAGGAGCAGGAACCGGCUUAUUGA